UGGUUUCAAAAUGUUGCUGAACCCUCCCAACAGCAAUAGACAAUGGAAACAUGAGGAUUCAGUCAAACUGGUUAUUUGGCAUCAUAUAGACCAUUAUUUCCCAACCCACAAGUGCAUUGUGGCAUUUGGUGACUGGGAAGACGCCCUGGGUGUGUAUCAUAGUCCAAGGUUUCCCCAUUUCCCCGGGUUUCCUGUCUCUCAUCCGUCUGACUUCUAACUAUCACUGCAACCGUAUCUCAUUCUUCAGCCUGAUGUCACAUGCCGAAGAUCAGAAGUUCCUAAUCCAUCGGAGUCCUCAGUAGCAGGCAUUCCAAUGAUGUGGCUGUUUUUAACAACAACCUGUUUGAUUUGUGGAACUUUAAAUGCUGAUAAAAUCUUUCAAUUUGAAAGAGGAGCGAAUCCUGAAACUUGGAUGAAUACUAGUGAAAUCAUCACCUAUAAUGGCUACCCCAAUGAAGAGUAUGAAGUUAUCACUCAAGAUGGGUACAUCCUCAGCGUCAACAGAAUUCCUCACGGGCGAAGAGAUACUAGGAGUGCAGGUCCCCGGCCAGUUGUGUACAUGCAGCAUGCCCUGUUUAUAGACAAUUCCUCCUGGCUUAAGAAUUAUGCCAAUGGAAGCCUUGGAUUCAUUCUCGCAGAUGCAGGUUACGAUGUCUGGAUGGGGAACAGUCGGGGGAAUGUUUGGUCAAGAAAACACAAGACACUGUCAGUGACUGAAGAAAAAUACUGGGCCUUUAGUUUUGAUGAAAUGGCCAAAUAUGAUCUCCCGAGCAUAAUAGACUUCAUUGUAAAUAAAACUGGGCAGGAGAAGUUGUAUUUUGUUGGACAUUCACUUGGCACUACAAUAGGGUUUGCAGCCUUUUCCACCAUGCCUGAAGUGGCACAGAGAAUCAAAAUGAAUUUUGCCUUGAGUCCUGUGGCCUCAUUCAAAUACCCCAAGGGUAUUUUUACCAGUUUUUUUCUACUUCCAAGUUCUGUAAUCAAGAAAUUGUUUGGUACCAAAGGUGUCUUUUUAGCAGAUAAGUCAGAGAAGCCACCUUUUGCCACAAUGUGCAACAAUAAAAUAUUAUGGGUGCUAUGUCGUGAAGUAAUGGACUUAUGGGCAGGAUUCAUCAGGAACAAUCUGAAUAUGAGUCGGAUGGAUGUGUACAUGUCACACUCUCCCACUGGAUCGUCAAUACAGAACAUCCUCCAUAUAAAGCAGCUUUACCGAGCUGAUGAAUUCAGAGCUUAUGACUGGGGAAGCGAAGCUGAGAACAUGCGUCACUACAAUCAGAGUCGUCCCCCACUGUAUAACUUGACUGCCAUGACAGUGCCUACUGCUAUUUGGGUUGGUGGAAAUGAUGUCCUUAUAACAAUCCAGGAUGUGGCCAGGGUACUCCCCCAAAUCAGGAAUCUCCAUUACUUCCAGCUAUUGCCAGAUUGGAACCACAUUGAUUUCAUCUGGGGCCUUGAUGCUCCUCAACGGAUGUACAGUAAAAUCCUCGAUUUGAUGAAGACAUAUUCCUAACUACAAUACAUCCACUUUUCCAUUAAAGCUUGCUUUCAACCCCAGGAGGCUUUGGGAAAAAGAAUAAUCAGCAGUGAGGUCUACUCCAGCAUCCUCCACCUUGUUGAUGUUGCUGAAUGUUCCCUUGUCAAGGAGUCUCAAGGAGAACAUCCCCCAAUCAAUGGUAUCCCACAGAUUUUCCACUGGUGAUUUGCAUUCUUCAUGAACAAGGAGGAAGAUCUUUCUCCCUGUCUUGCUGAUUCACACACAUACAGAACCAAACAAGAGACAGAAAGGAAAAUUCCUCAAGGCAAGCCUCAUGUAGUGCUAAGCAUGGAGCAGAAUUCUCCCUAAACAUCCCCAUUCUUGCCUAAUUGUAAGUAGGUUGGUGUUCUCCCAAACUGUAGUCAUUCACAUUCCUCACUCACCUGUGCCAUACCUGCAUGCCACCUAUGAUACUGCUUUUACAAGUAUCAGACUCAGUUUGCUUAUUUAUAUUUUAAAAAACCUGUUUGGAGCUACUAUAAAUGGGAGGAAAGGGUAUAUUUACCCCAACUUGAAGAUAAACAUAAACUGUAACAAUGAAAAGCAGAUAAUCGAUAAUAAAAUUCCUAGAUGCCAUGACUAGUCAAGGCCCCUGAGUUUUAGAACUGCCAUCUUUUUGGUAAACGUGUCCUCUUGAUUUGAAAGGGAGAUUGGCAGGUGCUAGAAACAAAGACAUAAACCAGAGUUUGGCUUUCUCCUUACGCUCAGAAGGUUGAAAGAAAUUUGACAGUGAGUCUUUGCUAGGAUGUAUCAUGGCCCCAAAGAUGUCCAUGUCCUAAUUCAAGAAACUAACCCUACCCCUUAUAUGACAAAAGAGACGUUGCAGAUGUGACGAAGUUAAGGUAGUUAAGAAACUUGAGGUGAGAAGUUUAUCCCGCGUUAUCUGAGUGGGCUCAAAGUACUUACGGGGUCCCCAUAAGAGGGAGGCAGGAAAGUCACAGUCAGAAAAUAUGACAAUGAAACAACAAGAAGCUGGAGUGAUGCACUGAGUCAAGGAAUGCUGGCCGCCUCUGGAAUCUGGAAAAGGGAAGGAAACAGAUUCUCCCAGAAGUUUCCAUAAGGAAUGCAGCCCUACACCUUGAUCUUAGAUUUCUGAUCUUCAGAACUGUAAGAGAAUAAACUUACAUGAUUUUUAAGCCACUAAGUUUCUGGUAAUUUGUUACAGCAGCCAUAGCAAACUAGUAGAGGGACUAGCUCUCAUACUAUGUGAUUCAAUGCUAUUUAGUACCAUAUGUGUGUAUUGGCUAGAAUAUUUCAUAGCCCCUGUGGUACAUAGCCUACACUUGGGGAAACACUGCCAACAAACUCACAAGGUCAUCAUGGAAAAUGGUAUUCCAUAGACUAACGCGACUGCAGAAGGAUUUAGGCCUGAGGCAGUGAAGCUGGUUGCUAAGAUGAUGGUUGAUUAUAGGGGAAGCUCUGUGUGGUCAGUGUCCUGCUUCCUCCUCUACCUUGACUCCCUUUAUACUGUGGCAUCCGAGCUGAGACACCAUUCCUGAAUCAGCCCUCCUUCCGCAAAUGGACUCUGUGCUGAGGUAGGUCAUCGCUAUGGUUCUUUCUGCUCUUACAUUCCAGUGCCUUUCCUUUAAAUUAAAAUAGGCUUGGGAAUAUUUUCUUACAUUAAAAAAGAUUUAUUUUAUUUUUGUUUCAUUUAGAAAAUAGAGAAACUAACAAAGAAAAUGAUGAGCAAUAUCAUUACCACUAAAAGAAAAACUACUUGGUUAAUAUUUUAAUAGAUUUCUCUCUGGUCCAUUUCUGUUUAUGUCCGUUUAUAACUUUAAAAUAUUCAAUAAACGCUAUUUAGUAACCUUCAUUUUCCCCAUUAAAAUAUAUUAGGAAUACUGUUGCAUUACCUACAACACAUGUCUACAAUAUAUUUAUAAUGAGUGAAUAGUGCUCGGUUGUAAGAAUGAACUAGAAUUUAUCAAACCACUUCAUUCACAUGGUUGUUCAUGUCAUUUUUAAUUUUUCACUCUGGUCCUUUUGUUCACCAUGGAUGGCUCCUAGAAAUAAGUUUCUGAAUUUAUAUUUAUUUUUUAUACAUAUUGCCAAAUUUUCCAUCAGAGAGUUUACAUUGAAAAAAAGGGACAUUUUUAAAAUAUAUAUUUUAUUGAUUUUUUUUACAGAGAGGAAGGGAGAGGGAUAGAGAGUUAGAAACAUCAAUGAGAGAGAAACAUCAAUCAGCUGCCUCCUGCACACUCCCCUACUGGGGAUGUGCCCGCAACCAAGGUACAUGCCCUUGACCGGAAUCGAACCUGGGACCCUUCAGUCCUCAGGCUGA